AUGGACUGUUGUUCUGAAGUAAGUUAUAUCACUGAGAAGUGUUUGAAUCGUCUAAACUUACCUAGAUACAACUAUUCCACUGAAAUUGGCGGCAUAAAUCAAAUGUCAUCAUCUAUCUCAAAGGGACUCGUUCAGUGUCAGAUUAAGCCUCAAAAUCAGAUCAGUCCCUUAUUUAAUUUUCAGGCCGUUGUUGUAGAUACCAUUUCGGCAAGAGCGCCUUCAUUUACUUAUACUUGCGGUCCGUGGGAACAUUUAAAAAAUUUAAAGUUAGCUGUUCUUAAUUAUUUUGAAUCUAAACCUAUAGAUGUCCUCCUUGGCUGUGAGUAUUUUGUAAACUUUCUUACAGGAGAUAAACUGGAAGGUCCAGAAGGCCAACCUUCUGCCCUUGAGACAAUUUUCGGCUGGGUAAUCAUGGGUAAAAUUGACGAAAAUCUUGGUAGUUUAUCACAAACAAACUGUUAUCUCACUAACUCCUCACCGUCCAUAGAAAAUAUCAUUGCCAAAUUCUGGGAGGUGGAAAAAACCCCUUCUUUACAAAUAUUAUCAUCUGAGGAUCAACAAGCAGAAUCUAUUUUUAAAUCGGCUGUGUAG